UCUGGCUGGUUUUUCUCUCUUGCGCUCUCACUUCUGCGCAGCAGCAGCGCAGCAGCAGUUAACGGUUCAUGUGAAAAUUCCCCACACAAACGACGUGAAAAUCGAAAUCGAUAAUCUGAAUUAUUUUUAGCUUCUAGAGGUAAUGUAAGGCUAUCUAAUCGGAGCUUGAAUUAAACGGAUUUGCUUGUAAAAUAAGCGAAAAACCUUAGAGACCCGGUAGCCAGUAAAGAGUAUAAAUCCCAAGAUGCAGCCACCGCCGCGUAAGGGUAACUAUGUGAAAUUCCUUAAGAAUUUGCACACGGAGCAGGUGGCCAAGCUGCAGUUGAAGAACCAGCAUGAGUGCGACUUGUUGGAGGACAUCCGUCAGUUCACCAUCAAGCGCUCGGCCAUUGAGAAGUCGUACAGUGAAGCCUUGCUAAAGAUCUCAUCCCAGUAUCUCAACAAGAAAAUACCCAAUAUACCAGAUAUUAAGAUGGACGGCAUGGAGGAGCGAUGGAACAUGUGGAGUGUUUGGCGCACAGUCCUUGAGGAAAAUGAAAAACUGGCCCGUGCCCGCUUGGCUGCUAUCGAGGUGUUCCAGCAGCAGAUCGCCGACGAGGCCAAGGUCCUGCGGGACUACAAGCUGGCCAUUGCCAAGCGCUCUCUAUCCGGAAUUGUAAACGUCCAGAAGGAACUCCACCUGAGUGUCGGGGAUGUGGACAAAACCAAGAAGUCGUACUUUGACGAGGAGCACUGUGCCCACGAUGUUCGCGACAAGGCAAGGGACAUUGAGGAGAAACUGAAGAAAAAGAAGGGCUCCUUCUUCCAGUCGAUCACCUCGCUGCAGAAGAAUAGUGCCCGAGUCACCUCACGCAAGGAGUUGCUGGAGGAGAAGUCCUCCGGGGCAAGGAAUGAUUAUAUUCUCAGCCUGGCCGCAGCCAAUGCUCAUCAGAAUCGUUACUUUACCGUCGAUCUGCAGACCACGAUGACCACCAUGGAGAACUAUGUCUUCGAGAGGGUGGCCGAGUACCUGAUGUUGAUGGGACGCACAGAGCUGCUCACCUGCUCGGCUACGCAGAACAGCUUCGGGAAGAUCAGAGACCAGGCUCAGCAGCUCACCCGGGAGUACAACCUGCAGUGCUGCUACCUCUUCUAUCCGGUUCUCAAGCAGCACAUUCAGUACGACUUCGAGGCCUGUGACAACGAUCCGGUCCGCAAGGUGACCACCGAGCACGAUUCCGCUGCCGAGACGCUGACCAAGGAGGCCAAGAACUUGGCCGGCAGGGUGGUGAAGGAGAAUGCCUCCAUCAGGGAGAAUGCCAAGAAGCUGGCCUUGUGCCAGUCGCUGCGGGACUCUGGACAACGCACCGAUCCAAACGAUCCCAACGGGCCCGAUCUGGACACCAAGAUCGAGGAGUUCCGCGACCAGAUCCGUCGCUCCGAGACGGAGAAGGCCAAGGCAGAGGCCUGUCUGCAGUGUCUCCGCGAUGGUGGCAUCAAUGUGGACGAGUGGGUCCAGGAGGCGGAGAUCAUGGGUGUGCAGGAGCUGACCCGCUCGGCCAGUUCCAUUUCGAUGCGUACCGAUGCCUCCGGGCAGGGCGAGAACCCCAGCUCCGACUCCUUCUACGACAGCGACAAGGAGGACACUCAGACCCAAACCCAGGCCCAAUCACAGGCUCAGGCCAAGCCCAAGACGGAGCAGCAGUUGUCCCGGGAUCGCACCUUCAGCGACAGCGAUGAUGAGCCCGAGGAGCGUCCGGCUGCUGCGGCAGCAUCCUCUAGUGCAGCCGCAGCUGCUGCCUCCACCUCCUCCAUGAUGGGAGGCGGCGGCUGGGAUGACCCCACCGAGGUCAAUUGGGGUGGCGAGGAGGAAGACGACAAGGACGAGCCCAUUGUACCCGAGCCCAAGGAGGCCAUCUUUAAGUGCACUGCACUCUACAGCUAUACGGCCCAGAAUCCCGACGAGCUCACCAUCGUCGAAAAUGAGCAGCUCGAGGUGGUCGGCGAGGGCGACGGCGACGGUUGGCUGCGGGCCAGGAACUACCGAGGCGAGGAGGGCUACGUGCCCCACAAUUAUCUGGACAUCGACCAGGAGACGGCCGGCAGCGCCUUUAAUGGUACUUCAGGCAAUCAAUUGCGCUCUCAAAUCUCAUUCUCAUCUGUCGAUUAUACUGUUGACAAUGAAGAUCAGACGGUGGACUCGAUGCAAUCGCCCGACCAGGUCUCGGUCAUCAUGGCGCCCCAGAAGCGCCCCAAGUCGGACGUGGAAUGGUGCAUCGCGCUCUACGACUACGACGCCACCGCCGAGGACGAGCUGACCUUCGAGGAGGGCGACAAGAUCAAGAUCAUCACCAAGACCGCCCACGGCGUCGACGACGGCUGGUGGGAGGGAGAGCUGGACGGGCGGUUCGGCAACUUCCCAUCGCUGGUCGUCGAGGAGUGCGACGAGAUGGGCGAGCCGCUCAGCGAGGGCGGCGACGAGUCACCCCCGCCCACUGCGGCGCCGACCUUUGCCCUGCCCCCUGCCCCGGCACUGCCGCCAGAGUAUGCCCAUGAGCUGGAGCUGGAGCUUACCGAGGACAUGUUCGGCUCCCAGGACACGGCAGAUGAGGAUAGCGGUGUGUAUCCAAACGGUGCGGCUGCCCCGAGCAUGCCUCCGCCAGGCAACAAUCCAAGCCAAACAACUGCCAAUAAGGUACUCAUCCAAGAGCCUGGCAUGGAGGACGAUCUAAGUGACGACGGUCAGCCGCCACCGUCUCUGCCGCCGCCCCAGCUGCCGCAGGCGGGCGGACCGACGCCGGGUCCGGGGAUUAGUAAGGGGGAGAAGGGGGCGGCGGCUAGCACCGCUAACACCCUGAACUUAGGUAUGGCACAAAUAAUAGUUACCGCUGCAACCCCCAUGGUUGAAGACGGUGCCGAUAAAUCUUUCCCACCAGUAGGAGAGAGCGAUUCCCAGUCCGAUAAGGAUACGGAUACGGAGAAGGCCAAGGACGAGAAGCCCGAGAAGCCGUCCAAGGAGGCGGAGGCGUCUGCCAAGAAGCCAGAUGUGGCGCCCAAGCCGCUGGCCAAGGUAUCGCCAUCGCCCCAGACCGCUCCGGCUCCGGCUGCGGCCAAAGAAGGUAAUCGGGGUGGGCCGAGGCCUGUGGUGAGCAUAACACUGACCGAGUAUCCAUCCUGUGAUGCAGAGGACCAACAGUCCUUCUCCGAGGGCACCGAUUCGGAGACCGUUCCUGCCCUCCAGGAAGCCGAUGAUCCGUUCAACGAGAAGGCCAAGGGCGAGUCCAGCGGCGGAGGUGACGGAUCCACGGGAUUUGAGGCGAACUUCGAGGCCAAUUUCGAUGCCAACUUCGAUGAUGCCUUCGCGGGAGCAGGAUCGGGAUCGGGAGGGGGCGGUGGGGGAGGAGGCGAGCAGUCCCAUGACUUGGACGUGAAUGGAGAGCCGGGAGAGACUGGCUCUGGCCCGGCAGCUGGCGAGGAGGAUAUUGAGGCGCCCAAGCAGGUGGUCGGUGGGCGAGCUAGCAUACCCGAGGAAUUGGACUCAAAUCAAUUGGCACACGACCAUGAGCAAGAUAUAUACUAUAUAGACUAUAGCCACGGACAGUUAUAGAGCGGAUCAGCGGAACACCACAGCCACAGCCACCACCACUAUCCAACCACAGUAGCAACCACAACACUUGAAAUCCACUGAAAAAUAUUAGGCUCACACAAUCCUCCAAACCUUUCCAAACAAAUCCAAACACUUUUAGGUUAAAAAAAAACACUGCGAUCUCGAGUACUUUGAUCUCUCUUCUCAGGGCCCCAAAAAGUAUGCUAUGAAAUGUUUCGUUUGCCAAAGUGUUUCAGAGGAUCCUUUUGAGAGCCCAACUCAAGGACGUCAAACUCUAGAGACGUCUCUUUUAAACCGACUCAGACGGACUUUGGUCUUUGCAGAUAAGGCAGAUCAGGCAGGACUAUAUACAUACAACGACACAAUAGCAGGACUAUCUAUAGAAACUAUAUACGCCAUAUGUACUUAUAGCAGGUCGAGAACCCUCUCUCCUUUUUCACGUACAGCGCUCAAAUUGUGUACAUCCAUUUGAAUACUUUUUCUGGACUGCCUCUGGGGUUAUAGUUAGUUACAUCAACUGGGCCUUCAUAACAAAAACCACCAUACGAUAUAUAAAUAUAAAUAUAAACUAUUUAAAUAUAUACAUAAUUAUGUUAGUUUGUAAUGUGUUAUACCCUCAGACACGUAUGGAAUACAUCGGAUAUAUAUAUUAUAAAUGAAAAAUAUUGUAUUGUAACGUUUUGAAAGACAAAUACUUAUGUAGCACUCAGACACGGGUCUUCGAAUAUCAGCAUCCACAACUAAUCGAGCAAUAAUAUGUAUAUAUAUCUAAGAAAACUAGAGAAGCCGUUAAGUUAGCCAUUCGCUUGAUCUACUAGCCGCAUUAUAGCCAAGUUGCCAAUCAACUUUAUUGUCAAUUCAUUUGGGUUUUCGUUCUCGGUAAUUAGUUUUCGGUUCACCUAGUUCUAGGACCUCUGCACAUUAUAGUGAACUAAUAAUGGAAUGUAAUCAAAGCCUAAGAGCGAAUCCUGCGGAAUUAAUAUAUUGUUGUAAUUGAAUGUCAGCACUAGUCUAAUUAGUUAAAUGUUUUCCGUGUCUAGUUAAAUGGUCUAAGUUAAUGUUGGAUGCCAGAAAGAAGAUAUUUGAAAUUAGUGAAAAGCCUUCUCAAUACGAGACUUUGUUUGCAAUACUCGAAUAUUCCAGUUCAUAACUCACCAAUCGGAUAACUUCAUAAUCAUAUAAUCAAAGAUAUUACCAUACAUAGAUAACAGAAACCAAAUCAUAAAUCAUAAUUAAGCAGAAAAUUGUAUUGUAUGUAAUUUUUGAAACCUGCCCAGUGAGUUAAUCAAACCUUCUGUUCAACAAACAAACUUGAAAAAUAAAAUCUCCACUUUGAUGCAAGAA